AUAUAUAAACAACUUCGUCUCGCUUGCCUUGUCGUUGGUACUCAUCACUGCUUUCUACUUCACAGAGAGAGAGAGAGAGUACAUUCAGAGGACAAAGAUGGAGCAGACAUUCAUCAUGAUCAAACCUGAUGGUGUCCAAAGAGGCCUGGUUGGUGAGAUUAUUAGCAGAUUUGAGAAGAAAGGUUUCUCUUUGAAAGGUUUGAAGCUCGUGUCUGUGGAACGUGCUUUUGCCGAAAAGCACUAUGCGGAUCUGUCUGCAAAACCCUUCUUCCAUGGACUGGUUGAGUACAUCAUAUCUGGUCCUGUUGUUGCAAUGGUUUGGGAUGGUAAGAAUGUUGUGACAACAGGUCGUAAGAUUAUUGGAGCCACAAACCCCUCUGACUCUGCUCCUGGAACCAUCCGUGGAGAUUUUGCAAUUGAUAUUGGCAGGAAUGUCAUUCAUGGGAGCGAUUCAAUUGAGAGUGCGAGGAAAGAGAUUGCACUGUGGUUCCCAGAAGGCAUUGCAGAAUGGCAGAGCAGCCUUCACCAUUGGAUCUAUGAAUGAAGUUUCUUCCGAGUUGAACCUAUAACUUCUCAUCUCUAGCUUGUUUGGUCUAGCCUGUUUGUUACUGUUAAUCUGCGUUUGGGACUUUCAAAACCUUUGAUUGUGAGAUUGUUUUCCUAGAACCUGAACUUGUAUGGUUGAUAUUAGUAUUUGUGCAAUUGUUUCUGGUUACUUUUCACUAUUUUGAAGGCAAAACGCUUCUCAGGCCAUGUUUGAUGUGUGGAUUAGCCUGAUUUGAAUUAUGAGUACGGGCUAAGAUUGAGUAAUGAGAUUAAUAAUAGUAUCUAAAUUAGAUUGUUUUA